CUCUCUCACACACACAGUUAUACACACAGAGUUACACACACACUCACACAGACACACACAAAUCGUUCCUCCUCAGCUCGGCCGUGUCUGUCCUAACGGGACAAGUUGGAAGCUCCGGGCUCUCCAGGCGGCUCCUCGCUUCUCUCCCCGAGAAAGUCUACCACAGCUGAAAGGAUGAGGAUGACGAUGGUGGAAGGAGGCCGCAGCCGAAGGUGCAGCCCUCGCUAGGAAAACAUCAUUCUCCCUCAGUUUCACCCCUCCGUCAUCACCCCUCCGUCACUGCGGUCCCGUCCCCCUGCCGUCAUGGCCAACCACUUGGAGCUGAUCCAGGAGCUGCAGCAGCUGGACAAGGUGCCCAGCCUGGAGAGGCUGAGGACAGCCCAGAAGCGGCGCACGCAGCAGCUGAAGAGAUGGGCCGUGUAUGAGAAGGAGAUGCAGAACAAGAAGCGAAAGGCAGACAAGAAGGGACGCAACGCCAACAACUUCCAGCAAGGAGAGUCCAAGAGGCACGUGUCGUUCGCCGCCAGCGUGGCUCUUCUGGAGGCAUCGGCCAGGAAUGAUCCAGAUGAAGUUCGUUACCUGCUGAGGAACAACGUGAGUCCAGACCUCUGCAAUGAAGACGGCCUCACCGCCCUGCAUCAGUGUUGUAUAGACAACUAUGAGGAGAUGGUGAAGAUCCUGUUGGACCGAGGAGCGGGCGUCAACGCUCAGGACAACGAGCUGUGGACACCUCUGCACGCAGCGGCCACCUGUGGCCACGCAGGACUGGUCAGGAUUCUCAUUUCACACGGUGCAGACCUGCUGGCGGUCAACUCUGAUGGGAACAUGCCGUACGAUCUGUGUGAAGAUGACCCAACCCUGGACAUCAUCGAGACGUCCAUGGCCAACAGAGGCAUCACCCAGGAGAUGAUCAACGAGACACGGGCGUCAACCGAGAGGAAGAUGCUGGGAGACAUCCAGGAGCUGGUGCGAGUGGGAGAGGAGGUCAACCAGCAGGACUCUCAGGGAGCCACACUGCUCCACAUCACAGCAGCUAAUGGCUACGUCCAGGCUGCAGAGCUGCUGCUGGAGGGGGGCGCUCGCAUGGACCUGAGGGACUCGGACGGAUGGCAGCCUCUCCAUGCUGCAGCGUGCUGGGGUCAGAUGCAUGUGGCAGAGCUGUUGGUGUCUCACGGAGCCAGCCUCAAUGCCAAGACCUUCCUAGAGGAGACCCCCAUCGACCUGUGUGAGGACGAGGAGUUCCGAGCCAUCCUGCUGGAUCUCAAACACAAACACGACAUCAUCAUGAAGUCGCAGCUCAAACACAAGACCUCACUGUGCAGGCGCACGUCCAGCGCAGGCAGCCGUGGGAAAGUGGUUCGGCGAGCCAGCCUGUCCGACAGACACAACUUAUGUCGUAAGGAGUACGAGACUGAGGCCAUCGUGUGGAGGGGAGGGAGGGAGGAGAACCACGAGAAGGAGAAGGAGUCGAGUCAGGAGAAUAUCCAAGUUGUUCAUGUCAAACCGGUCGUCGCUGUGGAGCUGCCAGACAAGCCCAAGCUGCCGACCAUCCUCAAAGACAGCAGCAACAGACAGAACGGCCUCAUCUCCACAACAACGUCUGUGCCGCCGCAGCCGCCGUCCAAUGGCAACACGCCAUCGUCUGACAACGGCGGGAUCGUCACUUCCAAGUCCAACCAGGAGGACGCCUGGCCGAAGGAGCGCGCUCAGACUCUGUCGGAGCUGAAGAAACAGAGGUCAGCCGCCAAACUGUUGAAUCACCCCUUGUUUAACGGUCACCUAGGUAACGGCUCCACAGACUCCUUCUCCGAUGCCAAAAACAGUUCCGAGGACCCCCGCAUGCCACUGGUCUCCUCCAAUGGCAGCGCUGUUUACUACACGCCGGCCAGCGGCGACCCGCCCCUCCUCAAACUGAAACAGCCAAUGGAGGAAGAGCAGCCGAAGGCGCGGACGUGCUGCUGUGUGUCGUAGCGUCGCCGCCAAGUGACGUGUUUGCACAAAGAGGAUGAAAGUUAGGAAUGCGCUGAAGGAAGGAGGGAAGAAAGUGAAAGUGUUCCUGUCUUUUAACGUCCUGUUCCUCUACUUCUUUGAAACUUCUUCCAGAGAACAUGAGCCGCCUGAAGAAGGUCGGAGAGAGGGUUUCUCCCGGUCACGUGACUCCCGCUACAACUGGAGAAACCUUUCACUUGUAGCAUAGAAGAGGAAAAGACUUUUCCUCCAGACGUCACUUGGAUUAAAAUUCCUUUUCAUACAGGACAUGCCAACCAACCAUUGGAUAGAAAGAGCGCAGGAUGCUGUUUCUCAAAGUGAAUCAAAGUGUGGACAGGUUUUUUUUAAGCUUUUCACCAGGGAAAUGAAUUUUAAAAUCACAAGAGUAGAGACGAUCUCUAGGUACUGCAUGUUCUAUCCUCACAGAUGAAGACGGAGAAGAGCUUUUAUUGUAGCCUACAAAUGGAUGAUUAUCUUGUAUUUAAACAAAUUUCCUUCAUCAAACCACAAUGUUCUGCUUUUACGCCUCAUUCUUGUCACUUUCGCGAUGUGCAGGAAACCCGGAGCUGUCCACGUGUCCCAUUGGUCGUAUUACGAGUGUGGACAGAGCUAAACGUAGCAAAAAGAGAUGAGUCGCCUCCUCUGAAGUGUCCCCCAUGUUGAAAUGCCGCCAGCAUUAAGUAAAGGGAAGGAAUGCCAUAAACAGUGUUAACUAUUCAGGAAGUGUUCUUCUAUGCCGAGAGAAAACCGGAAAGAGUCUCGUUCUGCACUCGUUUGAAACUGUUCAUUAUUUUCUGUCAACUACGCGUCACCUCACCGUCCUCUGAACUGACAGCUCAUCCUCACGCGUACAGAUUAUUUAAGCAAACCUGGUUGAAAAUGACUGAAUUUUCUUUAUUUAUGAUAUUAAUGUAAAGUGGAAAAAAAAAGACAUAAUGGUUUCUAAAAGUGAGUGUAUUUAUUAUGUGGCUGGUGUGUGGAGAGUGUGAAUGCGAUGUACAGUGAGAGGAGCUGGAGAGCCGUCCAGCCAAGCACCUUCUGACGUGGAAACUCAAACAGAUGAAGUGAAGACAACUGUCUGCUACAUGUAUGUUAUUAAAAACACAAUAACUCCAUCCUGCCCGGGAUAGAUUCAUAAUUGUGUCACUACAAAUAACAGUGUUAUUUGUUUUUAUGUUUUGUUGUUUUUUUUCUCCUGGUGGCCAUUGUGUGGCUUUAUCUUCUUCCAGUCACUGUAUUUGUCUCAUUAACAGAAACUGUAAAUGCUAUGUACUGAAUUACUGUAAGUAUAGUAUGAGUUGUUCUGAGGAUACACGUUGUUUCAACAUGAGUCCACUCUUGGAUUUGGUUUGUAGCGAUGUCUUAUGUCAGGUCUUCUUUAACAUGGAUUCACAAACACAAAAUAUACAAUUUACAGCCCAAAAACCAGGACGAGAAAAGAUUCACCUUUUGGGAAAACAACUUAUUUGACUUUGGAUUUCAUGCCCAUGUGCUUUUUACGCCAGAGAUGUAGCAGCAGCUAGCAGCUGGUUAACUUUGCACUAAGACUGGAAUCAGGAGAAAACAUGUAGCCUGGCUUUGCUAAACCAAAACAAAAUCCACCCACCAACACUUAAAAAUCUCAUUAAUCAGCAAGUCGUAUCUUGUUUACUUAAUCUGUCCAUGAAACAAUGUGUUUAUAUGCCAGACUAUUUCUUGGCAGCCAGCAGACUCCAAGAAGACAGGCCAAGAAACAGCUCUGAGGAAUCUGAGUUUCUGCAGAGGCCACCAAGUUAAACUUAAGACUGUUAGGACCAUAAUUAAUUAAAUGUAGGGCUUAUAACUUCCCUAUAAUUGAAGAUGAGGUGAGGUUGCCAAAUCUAGAAAAACUCAACGUGAUGUUCAGUGAUCAUUUCUACGUUUGUCUUUUUGUAGUUUUAUCACAGCGUUUUAAUAUCUGAAUUGAUGAGAUAGAACUACAACAUGUGGCGACAUUACCAACUAUGCAGGCAACCAGAAGAAAACAUUUCAAACUGUGACAGAAGUCGCCAUAAAUGAACUUUAACACAAUUAACACCUGCCUAAACAUCCGGAUAGACCUUGUACAUAAUGUUUCAACAUAUUUAAGACUAUCUAGGCCUAAAGUAUCUGAUUAUUGACUUUUUAAGACCCUGAAGCAAACAUUAUCGUGUUUUAUCUGCUUGCAUACACAAUAUGAAUUGUGUAUAAUUUAUUCCACAGAGCCAGGAUGACUAAUCCCAGUCUUUAUACUAAGCUAACAGACUGCUGGUUCCAUCUUCAUAUUAAACACUGAAUUAUGAGAAAUGUUUCCGAUCUCCUGAUCAGCGAAAAAAAAAGCAAAUAAGCAGUUUUUCCUAAAUGUUGAACUCAUUCUUUCAUCAUAUAAAAUGCUGUCUCAUCUUCCUGUCAGUGCCAAAGAGUCUUCCAUGGUAUUUUGAAAUCUUUAGGGAGGGAAGGCUGUUAUCAUAGUUUCAGAUGAGCUACCCCUUCAAAUGUGAUUACUCAGAAUUUCUACAACGACUUCAUCCCCAAGACAUGAGCAGUACAGUGUCAAAUAUUUGUAUGGAAUACAAAUACGUCUGUAAAUAAGUUUGUAUUUGUGUCCCUCUUAUCUGUUUACAUGAACAGAACUUACCCACAUGGAUGAACAGUGUUAACAGACAUUUGGUUGUCUAGAGGAAAACUAUGAAACUGUCUAGAUCCCUCCUCAGUAUCCAGCAGCAAGUGUCUCCUCCUUGUCAUUCAGUGUCUGGUAGGUGGAAGUUGUUGUGCAGAUAUUCUGUAAAGGUCAGUUUUUAAUGUCACAGGAAGCGGUUUUGUUUUACAACUCAAAUUGAGGAAGAACAGAUUGUUAGAAUUUAGUUAUUCUCCCCUCGGCUGUGACAUUGUUUUGUUGUGAGUCAGCUAAAGCUCACAUCUGCUCCAGCUGCUGAUCUCAGAUCUGCUUCCUGGAGAGUGAAGUUCCAUCCAACUGACGUGUACUUUUUGAACUACACCCUGAUCAGUUUUAGCCAGAAAUGGACUUUCACCUGUUAAAACAUAUCCUGUGUUCUCAUGGUAAAUAGAUCAAAGCUUGUGUUUGACUGCGAGCAUCACUGUCUGUAAAGGAUAAGAUUAUAAAGAAGAGACAAACUACUGAUUUUGUAAUUACUGGAAUAUAUUGAUGGUUGCAUUAACAUAUUUUGAAUAAAUUGUAUAUUUUGAGAAUU